AAUAAAUAACACGUUUGUAAUAUGUUGUAGUUAAAAAAGGUAAACAUACUUUUAAUUUUUAAACUCCACAACACCGGAGAUUGUUAAAUUGUAAGGUGAUAAUGUCGAAGGCAGAGGAUUGGAGCUGCGAUGAGGUUGGUAACUGGCUACAGGAGAACGGUUUCACCCAGUACCGACAGCUGUUCUGUGUGGAACACAAGAUAGAUGGACUCGCUUUGCUGUCACUGGUGGAAGAAGAUCUCAAGCAACCGCCUCUCAACAUUAGAAUUCUUGGCGACGUCAAGCGGUUGAUUAUUAAGAUAAAUGCAAUGAAAGGCGAGAAUCCGGAACACAUGAAUCCUUUGACUACAAGUAACGGCUCUGUGUUUCAUCGCCCCAGGGUGGUUUAUCUUUCCCCGCGGUCCAGGUACCUGGCACGUCGUUCUCUUAGUGUUGACAGUGCUGAAUCUGAUGAUAUUGACGAGGAGAUCAGUUAUAGUUAUGGGUCGUCUUAUGCCAAGAAUCUUGAUCCAGAGAUCUGGAAGACGGCUCUCAGUUUUAUAUACGUGUUUGCCGUGUUUUUGUUGACUGCUUUUGUUAUGGUUAUAGUUCAUGACAGAGUUCCAGAUAUGCAAAAGUACCCACCGCUACCCGAUCUGUUCCUGGACAAUAUGCCCUACGUGCCUUGGGCGUUCGAGGCUUGCGAGCUGGUGGGCACAUUUCUCUGUACAGUGUGGAUCAUAAUACUUUUAUUCCAUAAACACAGGUUCAUCCUAAUGCGACGAAUGUUUUCUCUGACUGGUACCAUUUUCCUGCUGCGAUGUGUCACAAUGCUGAUUACCUCCCUUUCCGUGCCUGGGGUACACCUGCAAUGUAGUGGUCAGGUACAUAGGUACGGUGACAUGUGGACCAGACUGACGAGAACGUUUGAGAUCUGGAAGAAGUUUGGGAUGUCUCUGCAAGGCGUGUCCAGCUGUGGCGACUACAUGUUCAGUGGACACACUGCUAUUAUUACAAUAUUUAACUUCUUCAUCACUGAGUAUACCCCACGGAAUAGAUUGUAUUACUUGCACAUGAUGUCGUGGGUUCUCAACUUCUUUGGAAUAUUCUUCAUUCUGUCGGCGCAUGAGCAUUAUUCGAUCGAUGUGUUUAUUUCCUUCUACCUGACUUCGCGUCUCUUCAUGUACUACCACACACUGGCCAACAACAGGUCCCUCCGGCAGACUGACGCUCCCCGAACCAGAAUCUGGUUUCCCAUGUUUUCAUUCUUUGAAUCUAAAUGUGAUGGCAUCGUUCCAAACAAAUUUGAGUGGCCACUGAUAUGGCCGAGAUGCAUUGUCGAGUAUUUUGAGCCAACAGAUCACGAAAAAGCUAAAAAAAAUUAGUUAAAGAUCACAUGCAAUUUGUCCAGUCUACAAAAAUCAGAACGUAUAAGACUACAGUCGUUCUGAUUUAGGUGUUCUCACAGUAUGAUUUGAUCACAUACGACAAGUCGGUGUGACUAAUCGCAUAAUGAGAACGCCGCUUAAAGAGUGGUAAAAGUUAAGGAGAAUAUUGAAAGUAAUUUAUUAAAACAAAUAGUUAACGAUCCAGUACGAAGUGAGGGCAGCUAUUGUCACAUUUCAGGGAUGAGACCAUGUGUUAUCAAAGAUUUUGUUUUUGUUUGAACCACUCCUUUAAACGAAAUGGUUUGCUUUAACCUGACUAAAUUCAGGAAACCUGUUUUGUUGUUUUGCAUUUUAUAAUAACUGCCUUUUGUUUUUCCUUUUUAAUAUAUUUGGGAAAUAAAAUACAUAACAAUU